AUGGGUUGGUUUUUGGGGUGUCUGAUCGCCAUCGUCGUGGCUCCAGCGUCGAGUGUGCCCGUGAAGGAGUCUCCCAAGGUGGUGUCAGUGCCAUACAAUGACUGCAAGCGCGGCGAACACGAUCCCAAUUGUCGCUACGUGCCAAUUGUGCCGCCGAGCCAGAGACCGACUCACCCCAUGGAUGACCCCAAUUGGAUCCCACCUACGGGCCCGACCCAUGAGAAGUUCAAAGAGUAUUGGCUGCAGACCGGGCAGGACUUGCUGCAGAGGCAACUGCACAAGAAUCAGCUCAACACCAAUGUUGCCAAGAAUGUGAUAAUUGUGAUUGGCGAUGGCAUGUCCAUUCCCACCCAAGCUGCCGCCCGGGUCUACAUGGGCGAUGAGAAUGUUGAGCUGUCCUUUGAGAAAUUCCCCUACGCCGGCCUCUCCAAGACGUAUUGCGUGAAUUAUCAAGUGUCCGAUUCAGCGUGCACAGGCACGGCCUUCCUCUCGGGCAUAAAAAACAACUACGGAACACUGGGGGUCAGUGCGGCCGUGCCAUUGAGGAAUUGCUCAGCACAGCAUGACGAGAGGCACCACAUUGACUCCAUUUUCAAGUGGGCUCAGGACGUCGGCAAAGCCACCGGCAUUGUGACGAACACGAGGAUCACCCAUGCCACGCCAGCGAGUGCGUACGCCAGGUCGGCGGAUCGCGAGUGGGAGGCCACGGCUCCGGAAGGCUGUGACGACGUCGCCAAGCAACUCAUUCAUGGAGAUGUUGGCAGCAAGAUUAAGGUGGUGCUCGGCGGCGGCUGGAGGGAGUUUGUUCCAUCAACAGUGGUCGAUGACGAGGGAAAUGCUGGCUUCCGGGCAGACAAUAGGAAUUUGAUUGAGGAAUGGCUGAACUUGAGGCAGCAAAACAAUGCAAAUGGUGUUUAUGUUACCACGAGGGAUGAAUUAUUAAAUGUCGACGUGGAGAGAACUGAUUACUUGUUCGGAUUGUUUGAACACUCCCACAUGUCGUACGCACUCCUGGCGGAUAAAUCAAAAGAACCCAGCCUGGAGGAGAUGAGCCAGAGAGCUGUGGAGAUGCUGAGAAAGUAUCCCAAUGGAUAUGUCCUCCUCGUUGAAGGGGGUCGAAUUGAUCAUGCCCAUCAUCAGACGUGGGCUCGAUUGUCACUACCAGAAACUGUGGAGUUCCACAAGACUGUGGAGACACUCAAGGCGUUAACAAAUGAGGAGGACACCCUGAUUGUGGUCACAGCUGAUCACUCCCACACAAUGACAAUUGGAGGAUAUCCGCCCAGAGGAACAGAUAUACUGUCGAAGGGGGACUUUUCCCGGGAGGACGCAAAACCCUUUUUCACACUCAACUACGCCAAUGGAUUGGGAUUCUUCGAUCACUUCCACAAGGACGGGGGCCGCAAGAAUCCGCUGGGGAUGCCGUACAGAGACGCCCUGUUCCGCCACCCGGCCACAGUGCCCCUCGACUACGAGACCCACGGUGGUGAUGACGUUGGUGUUUUCGCAAUUGGGCCCUGGGCACAUCUGUUCACUGGAACUUACGAGCAGCACCUCAUAGCUCAUGCCAUGAUGUACGCUUCGUGCCUGGGUGACGGACUCAAGGCAGAUCAGUGUGAUGAUGCAUCGGGAUUAAGUGGAUCACUGGCCCUUCUCCUGACCUCAAUAUCUGCACUGCUAAUCCGCUACAUUUAA